AAAGUCUCUCUCUCGUUAUAAUAUAACAGGCUGAUUACGAUUUUGUGGCUCAUAAGUAUCGUAAUCUUCGAAGGUAUAACAGUUUACACGAAAAUAUGAUGUUACUAAUCACUCUAGUUGUCAUCACUCAAUCGUUUGGCAUACAGGGAGCCGUAGAUAUUGUUCUCGAGGACACCGAGUGUCCCUUCUACGAUAAGGAAUAUUUCUUAGAACCUGAAGUUUUUGUAAAUAAUCAGAAUCAAUUUGCUUCAAACAUCACUAUAAUUAAACAACUUCCGAUAGAAACUCAAGGACAUCUCACAAUACUAGCAGCAUCAAUGGGAGAAUAUGUUGUGAGUACUGGAAUUGAUCAAACGGUGGACUUGUGUGAUAUAAUGGAGGACCCUAUUGUGUCAGCUCCUUUUCUUAGUGCAAUUGGAUUUUCUCAAGACCACUGUCCACCGGAAAUUGGUCAUUAUGGAACCGAAGGUUAUGUACUUGAUCCAGAAGCAUUAGCAGAUAGAGUGCCACCUAAUCAAUACAUGCUGAAUAUAACUCUAUCAUAUGAGGAGAAAAUAUUAUUACUAUGCCAAUCAUUCAUAAAAGUUAAUUAAAACGUCAAGUUAUUUUUUGGACAGGCACUAUUAUCAUAAUUACUUAUGUUUCUUUGUGUAAUCAUGGAUUCUAAUUAAAAUUAUUACUCUAAUAGCUUUCUUAAUCCUUAUGAAUUUUGGGGCGAGAUACUUCCACAAAAUAUCCUCAAUAUAUUUGAUGUGACAUUUCGCGAAGAUACUUGCGUAAGGAGCAGAGUCAACUCUGAUUAUUGUAAAAAUUCAUUUUAUAAUUAAAAAAAAAAUAGUAGUGCGUCAGAUGCGACUUCUGGUGAUUUCUUAUCAGGUAGGUUAAGGUUUCUUGUUUUUUCAAUAACCUAUUACUAAUUAAAAAUAACAAUAAAAGUCCGAUUUUUUUUUGUAAUCUCAUUAAUUCGUUUCAUAGUAAUUUUAGGAGUUAAAAAUUUAAUGAUUUUUGCCUAAUUUAUCUUAAAAAUAGGGUGGCCGAAUAUAGAUACAAGAAAAUUACCUCUGUAUGGAUUAUCGGCCACCUUAGUUUUAUUUUUUUUUGAGGUUAUCAGCAUUUAUAUGCAAAAUAGUCAAUUUAAUUUGUUAAUGUCAAAAUAAAUCAACAAAUUGAUUAAGUUAUAUUUCAAAAUAAAUAUAAAUAUUUAGAAUAGAUGUAAAUAAAUUAUAUACAUCCGAUGAGCUAAAAUUUUAUCUAUAAGGUGGCCGAUAAAGGGGGUCUAGGCAGGCCGAUAGAGGGGACAGCUAGGCUGAUAAAGGGGACAUCAGCAAUUGAAGUUAUUUUCAUUUAUUAUUUAAUUUCUAAUAAAUAUUUUUACAUAUAAUUUUUUUAAUUUGAAGUUAAAUGUAUAAGCUUCAAGGUUCUAUUACUGUUUUAUACAUGAAUUGGUUUUUUAUAUUUUAAUUCUUAAUUCGAAAAAAAAAUACGCUUAACUGGCCGAUAGAAGAGUCACUCAUCUUAAUAUUAAUUAUUUUAUUGCUGUUUUCUUCAAGUUUUUCGGAA